UUAAACAGCAAUAUGAAGCGGCUGCUUUGCUCGUCUACAAAAUAGCUGUCGAUUGUUACACUUGGUAUAAACAAAUAGCAUUUUUGCAGUUUUAUAAUUAAAAUCAAUAUUCUCGUGAUUAAUUAUUGUUGUUCUCAUUAUAUUUUAGGUUAUGUGCAUUAAAGAUUAAGAAGUUAAUAUCAAAGUUUUAAAUUAUUUUUAUUUAAGAUUAAUUUAUAUUUUUAAAAUUGUUCACUUUUACGAAUCACCCUGGGUAAUCAAAAGCUAUUCAAAGGUUAUCAUUAUUUUAAAAUGGAAAUGUGUAGUUCCAAUGCCUAGUGUUAAAGAUGAAUCAGAGCCAGAAGGAGAAGAAAUGUCUCACGAUAGCAAUGAUAGCAACCAAAGUUCUGCGUCGUGUGAUAGUAGUGCAGAACACAGUGACAGCGAUGACUCCUCGGAGAUGGAUGAAGAUGAGUGCGAAAGAAGACGUAAUGAGUGUAUGGAGAACUUAGUUGAUUUAGAAAGACAAUUUACAUUACUCAAAGAACAAUUGUAUCGUGAAAGAAUAACACAAGUCGAUACCAAACUUGGAGAAGUACGCGUUGGUAAAUCAGAAGAAUAUUUAAUACCCCUAGAACGUUUAAAAGAAAAUAUGAAAACCAAAACUGAAGUAGCUGGAAUAUUGAAACAAUACAGAUUACAGAAUAUAGAAAAUAAAUUUUUAGCAGAGGAACAGGCCGCUUUGCAAAAUUUUGAAAGUGAGAAAGAAUUAAUUUGGGAUUAUAUACAUAAUGAUCUUCAGGAGAAAAUACGUAGAUUAGAAGAGGAUAGAAAUAAUGUUGACAUACAUGCAGAUUUAUGGUUAAAUUCAAGUGGUAGAAGACGUAGGAAUCAUACAGAGAGAAGGAAAGCAGUUUCAGUAGCAGGACCGUAUAUCGUUUAUAUGCUUAAUGAUUCUGAUAUUUUAGAAGAUUGGGCCUUAAUAAAAAAGAGUUUGAGUAGUAGAAAAACAGAAAUAAUUUAAAAUAUAAAUUUGUAAAUCAACACUUGUCACUAUGUGAAUGUACAUUAAUAUGAACGUGUAGUGUUACGCUGCAAAAUUAACAAAUUAUUUUCUCUUUUAAAAUUGACUGUGGCAACUGUUAUUUUUGAUGCAGUCAUCUUUUUGAUUUUCCUCAUCUAUGAUACUGUGCCUUUAAGUGCAAUGAACUGAACAAAAAUUAAAACCUCCUUUGCAUCAUGAGAAACUGUUGUUAAAAGCAAUGGAUGGUUAAAGUGUAAGUCUAAUAGAACAAUAUCUUUAAAGUAUACUUAAUGCUAUACUUAAAAACAAAAACAAAAAAAAAGCAAGAACUUCGAAAGACCUUACUAAUUGUACAUCUAAAUUUUAUAUUGUGAUAUAAUAAAGAUAUUUAAAUUAA